UUCCCCAUAUUUUCUUUGCAUAUAUCAAAAGAGACAAAGCCAUAACUUUUCGAAGAUUUUCAAGCUCCCAACGAUGGCGAACAACUCCAUCCAUAAUCCAUCUGUGUCGAGAUCCGACCUAAAACUCAUAGAGAAGAAUAGAGGAGAGGAAAUGAAAGCCCUUUUCUCGAGGCUCCAUUCUCUUGUCCCAAACAAAAGCGAAGGUGAAACGAUGUUGUCGGAUCAGAUAGAAAACGCCACGAAUUACAUAAAUCAACUCAAAGAGAAUGUGGAAAAAUUGAAAGAGAAGAAAGAGAAGCUAAUGAGAUUGGGAGAAGAAAGUACAAUGGUGCAAGUUGAAGCUCGUAUAGUGGGUUCUUCAUUGGAGUUUCUUUUGACUACUAGAUUUGAUUAUCACUCGAUUUUAAGACAAAUCCUUCAGCUGCUUCAAGAAAAUGGAACUGAGAUCGUUCAUAUCAACCGGUCAACGGUCACGGAUCGAAUUUUUCACAAGAUAAUUGUUCAGAUGGUUGGAGAAGGGAUGAACUCAGAACGCGCCGAAGGUGAAAGGAUCUGUGAAAUAGUGAAGAAGUUUGUUUCACAAUACAAAGAUGGACAAAACAUUGAUUGAUUCGAAGGUUUAUGAUGUAUGUCCUCUUUUGGUUGAAUGUUUCAAAAUCUUGGAAUUCAAUUCUAAAUAAGAAUAGAGUAGCGAUUGGUGAACAUGUAUUAUCUACCAUUGUUAAAGUCGAGUAGGAAUUC